AUGGCCAUUAUCAGUGCGUUAAAUGAUAGCGACUUUGAAGAUGAUGUGCUGGUGUUAAAAACGUUAUCAAAUGUAUUAAAGCCUCCACGUCGAAAGAGAAAUUGCAUAACCACUGUUAGCGCCAUCUAUCGGCGGCAUAACAGAGAGAGAGAGCGGUGCGCUUUUUUAAGAGUACGAAAAAAGACACGAGGUGAAACCCGCUGGCGCCAGCAGAAGACGCAAGACAACCAACCCGAGUCUCAUCCUCUUCUCCAAGAAAAACUCAUCCACCAGUUGCCUCGCUCGCAACAUAUUGGUCCUACGAACCCGGAUAAUUCCUCUGAAUACAGUCCACUUCGCAAUACAUGUUGUUUAAAUCAUUCAUUUCUGGUAGUUUUUGCUCUCUUUAUCGUACCCGGCGACAGUCGAAGUUUUUCUUCACUCGAGCAUCCUUAUCGCAAACCGCUUUUUGUCUCCUCGUUGCUUAUCGAAAUCCUUACCGAGCUGGAGGGAUUACGCAUUAAACGUGAAUCACUAUUUCCUAGAAUUCAGAACGUUCUGGAUUCUUCUCGAACCCUAACCUCGGAAAAUGUUCGCUUGUUUCGACCUCGAAUUGAUAAAUUAGUGGAAUUGGAGGCAAGAUUUGAGGGAAUUCAAGAUCAAAUAAUCGACCGCAAUUCGCAAAUAAAAAUUGCUGCAGAUAAAUUGGAGGUUCUAAAUGUCCAAAAAGCAUGUGAUAAUAUCAUCUACGAAGUUCGUGGAAAAUAUAUGGAUCUGAUUCGAAGUAUGCCAGCCUCGAGCGAUACCAGUUCAGCCCCACACACGUCCACGGCUAGCAAAUCCUCUCUACCUAAUAUUGCCAUUCCAAAGUUCAGCGGAAAGAUCGAAGAUUGGAAUAAUUUUAUUUCUUUGUUUACUUCAAUUAUUCACAAAAACGCAACGCUUUCAUCAGCGGAGAAAUUUGUUUAUUUGCGAUCACUGCUUCAUUCCGACGCAUUAGCAGUCGUUUCGGCGCUCGAAGUCACUCCCGAAAAUUACGACCUUGCCUUCGCAGCUCUACAAAAUCGUUACCAAAACAAAAGAAGACUCGCCAUUCAUUAUCUUUCCCAAAUCAAAAAUUUUACUGGUUCAUCUUUGAACACCCGCAACGGCCUUCAACACUUUCUCAACAUUCACUCAAACUCCAUAAACGCUUUGAGAGCUCUGAAUAUUCCCGAUCUUGCUGACUUUCUCUUGUUCCAAAUGGUUUCUGAAAACCUUGAUACGAAUAUUCGUAAAGCCUUUGAAGCCAAAAUACAGAGUAACAGCAUUCCCACGUAUAAAGAAUUAAUCGACUUCGUAACAGAACAAUGCAAGACAUUUGAAGUUGUCGGCGCUGCUGAAACCUCCAACACGAGCAAAUCGCGCUUAAAAUCUCUACCAUCCAAGCGCCCCAACUCUUUCCUUACUAAAACGAAGGAAAAUAAUAGCCCUGGAAGCUCUCGAAAGGGACUAUCACCUGCACCGACGUGUCCAUUAUGCCAAAGUAGUCAUUCACUAUCACGUUGUGAAGAAUUUCUCGCCCAAGGUAUCCAACAAAAAUAUGAUACGAUAAAAUCUCUCAUACGAUGUUUCAACUGCCUGGGUAACCAUUUCCUAACCUCUUGUGCUUCUACAAAUACGUGUAAACACUGCAAUGGCAAACAUCACACACUCUUGCAUGCAGAGAAGGACAGUACAAAGGAAAUUCCACCGAAUAGUACUACUGUAACACUAUCCUGUCGAACUACGAACAACCUGCUUCCCCAUUAUGUCUUAUUAGGAACAGUACAGCUUUUCAUUCAAGAUGAAGCUGGAAUCUUUUGGCCAAUUCGAGCAGUUGUUGAUCCUGGAUCACAAAUCUCCGCGAUAACUUUAAGAACAGUGAACAGAUUGGGUCUUAGGCGAUCGCAAGCAAAAAAUAUCGAGGUAAGUGGUAUAUCAGGAUCAUACACAAAAACACAAGGAAUAGUGAACUGCACUUUACGUUCCAAAUAUUCAUCUGAAAGUCUCAAGGUCAAUGCUGUGGUGUUAACAUCCAUCGCCAAUAAAUUGCCUACGCUUCCUCUACCAACUUCUAUUCGUCAAAAAUUUAUGGAAAUCGACCUUGCCGAUUCUUCCUUUGAUCAACCUUCAAAAAUAGAUUUUCUUAUCGGUGCAGAUAUUUACCCACAUAUUUUGUCACCUCAUUCACCACAUAUAAUUUCCGGGAAUCCUUCUGCGAUUCGAACACUUUUUGGUUGA